CAAAUAUGGGACGAUGGUCUAGAGAGAGAGAGAGAGAGAGAGUCGUCUAGGAACGACGAUUCUACGCCAAUGCCAGCCCAUCUCACAAAUUUCACGGUCUUCUAGUGAAAGCAAUUGUCUUCCCUCAAUCGCAGCCCGUUCUGGCCCGGAUCAAAUCUCUGCUUCUUCAAUUUUGGAUCCGCGGCGCUACACAUCUCGAUCAGUGAGCGACCGAGCUUCCAAUGCUGCGUGGCCUCGUAUCUUUAUCGUAGUGGGUCGCAGGUCGAGACUUGUGAAUUGUUAGGGUUCCGGCGGAAUCAUGUUAUCGAAUCAUUUUCAGAACGGAAUCGAGACCGCGAAGCUCGUGUGGUCUCGGCUGCCGAAUUCUGAUGAAGAUGAAUUAGACGAGGUUGGCGUCUCCAGAAAGGUUGAUGGAAGCAGUGUCGAGAGUCUUGACUACGAAGUCAUUGAGAAUUAUGCCUACAGAGAAGAACAGGCGCAGAGAGGAAAGUUGCACGUAGCAUAUUAUGUUGGUGUGAAGUGGUUCUUUUCGCUGCUUAUUGGUAUCGGUACUGGAUUAGCGGCUGUUUUCAUUAAUAUAUCUGUUGAGAACUUUGCCGGAUGGAAGUUUGCGGUGACAUUUUCCAUAAUACAAAAAUCAUAUUUGGCUGGAUUUGUAGUGUACAUAUUAGUCAACUUGGUUUUAGUUUUUUCUUCUGUAUAUAUCAUCACACAAUUUGCACCAGCUGCAGCUGGAUCUGGUAUUCCUGAAAUCAAGGGUUAUUUGAAUGGAGUUGAUACUCAUGGUAUCCUUCUGUUGAGAACAUUGAUUGGAAAGAUAUUUGGAAGCAUUGGUUCGGUGGGAGGUGGUCUAGCUUUGGGCAAAGAAGGUCCGCUUGUUCAUAUUGGUGCUUGUAUUGCUUCUCUGCUUGGUCAAGGUGGAUCCACAAAAUAUCAUCUUACCUCCUGGUGGAUAAAAUUUUUUCAGAGUGAUCGAGAUCGCCGUGAUCUUGUGACCUGUGGGUGUGCAGCUGGAGUUGCUGCUGCUUUUAGAGCUCCAGUUGGUGGUGUGUUAUUUGCAUUGGAAGAAGUUACAUCUUGGUGGAGGAGUCAACUAAUGUGGCGUGUGUUCUUUACUUCUGCCAUUGUCGCUGUUGUGGUGCGCACAGCAAUGGGAUGGUGCAAGAGUGGAAAGUGUGGGCAUUUUGGCUCAGGCGGCUUCAUUAUAUGGGACAUAUCUGGUGGUCAAGAGGACUAUUCAUUUCAGGAGUUGUUGCCGAUGGCAGUUAUUGGGGUUAUUGGAGGCCUUCUUGGUGCUUUAUUCAAUCAGCUCACCCUUUAUAUAACCUACUGGCGUCGAAAUUAUUUGCACAAGAAAGGGUACCGAUUUAAGGUUGUUGAGGCAUGCCUCAUCUCCCUGAUAACCUCAAUUAUUUCUUUUGGAUUACCACUUCUAAGAAAAUGCAGUCCAUGUCCUGAAUCGGACAUUGAUUCGGGUAUCGAAUGCCCUCGUCCUCCAGGAAUGUAUGGGAAUUAUGUAAAUUUUUACUGCAGCAAGGACAAGGAGUACAAUGAUCUUGCAACUAUUUUCUUCAAUACUCAGGAUGAUGCCAUACGUAACCUGUUUAGUGCAAAAACAAUUCAUGAGUUUAGCGCCCAAAGCUUGCUCACUUUUUUGGUGAUGUUUUAUACCUUAGCUGUGUUGACAUUUGGUACCGCAGUUCCAGCUGGUCAGUUUGUUCCUGGAAUAAUGAUUGGUUCAACAUAUGGACGUCUUGUUGGCAUGUUUGUUGUGAACUUUUACAAGAAGCUCAACAUCGAAGAGGGAACAUAUGCUUUGCUUGGUGCGGCUGCUUUUCUUGGAGGUUCAAUGCGGAUGACAGUCUCUCUUUGUGUCAUUAUGGUUGAAAUCACAAAUAAUUUGAAACUUCUACCCCUUAUCAUGCUUGUCCUUCUUAUAUCAAAGGCUGUGGGUGAUGCUUUCAAUGAAGGUUUAUAUGAAGAACAAGCACGAUUAAGGGGCAUCCCGUUGCUUGAAUCGAAGCCUAAGUAUCAAAUGCGAAAAAUGACAGCAAAGGAAGCCUGCGGGAAUCAAAAGGUUGUCUACUUCCCACGUGUUUGUAAGGUUGCAGACAUUGUUUCAAUUUUGCGUAGCAACGAGCAUAAUGGCUUCCCUGUGAUAGAUCACACAAGAAGUGGAGAAACUCUUGUUGUUGGACUCAUGCUUCGUAGUCAUAUGCUGGUAAUUCUGCAGUCUAAGGUAGAUUUUCAACAUAGUCCCUUGCCCUGUGAUACAAGAGGUGGAUCCAUGCCAGUCAGGCACAAUUUCAGCGAAUUUGUUAAGCCUGUUUCCAGUAAAGGAAUCUCUAUAGAUGAUAUACAUCUGAGUCCUGAUGACUUGGAAAUGUACAUAGAUCUUGCUCCAUUUAUGAAUCCCUCCCCAUACAUUGUCCCUGAAGAUAUGUCUUUGACCAAGGUGUACAAUCUUUUUCGUCAACUAGGAUUAAGGCACAUAUUUGUUGUCCCUCGUGCUUCUCGUGUUAUUGGUUUGAUUACAAGAAAGGAUUUGCUCAUUGAGGAUAAUGAGGAUUUGUCUAGUGUGGAGCUCCAGUCAACUAGUGUAAGAGCUCGGCAAGGUGAUAGAAGGGUGUUCGCAAGGAAUACAGAUGCAGAGCACCCACUUCUUAAUGGCCUUCUGACUCGAGAUUAUUCUUCUGCUUAGUUAUAGCCCCGCCCAAGAUUGACACAUACCUUUUCCUCCAUUUAUUUUGAUCAGAGAAGUCACGAGUUCUUUUCUCUGCGGGUAGUUAUUAUAAGUUUUGGUAGAGGCUCCAGUGGUUGCCCACAAGUUUUUGCCGCAUCUGCAUCUCUGACCAUUUCACAUCUAAAUUGGUUUAAAGUCAAUAAUGAUACUAUGCCAUGCCAUUCCCAGAUUCGUUGAUGUCAAAAGAGAGAAUGAUUUUGUAUGGGGAGCAAAAAUGGGGCAGUCUGUGGUUUUGGGGGGAGGAGGGGGGGGGGGGGGUGAAUCAUGUGGAAUGUGAAUUUUAAUUUCAAUGAAAAUUUAAAUAGAAAUACCCUUGUCAAUUAAUUCAAA